CAGUUGCGGCACUGCUGCGCGCCCGAAUGCAAGGAGACCUUUGCCACUGCAGGACGACCCUUCCCCCGAUGCGCCGGUUGCGGCAUACUGUGCUACUGCUCGCGGGAGUGCCAGAAGAGCGCCUGGAAACAUGCGAAGGCACCUCACAAGGAGGUGUGCCCCAAGCUGCGGGUGCUGCACGAACGGACGAAUCUUCCGCAGAAACAAGUCCCGGAUCGAUUC